ACUCAAGUUCGAUAUAUCAUGUCAACUUCCACACCGAAGGAUUUUGAGUCUCGAGGAUUAAGAAAGGAGUUCGAGCAAUGUCAUAACUGCCACAUUGCCAAGUCCGAUGCAACGAAAUCCAGACCAGUGAAACUACGUGAAUGCACAGGGUGCCAUACCGCAACAUACUGUAGCAGAAAAUGUCAGAGGGCUCAUUGGAAAGCUCACAAACCGCGAUGCGAACUGCAUCAGAAGAUGGUCCAGACUCUUGAAUCACGCGAAGAACGACUUCGCCAACGAGCACUUCCAGGGCCUGAUGGGACAUAUGUACCACCGCGCCUACAACCGCGAGAUAUUCUGGACGAAAUGACAUCGUGGAAGAAGCAUUUUCGUCCUAUUCUCUUCCAAGCCGGAUUUAACGCGCUCAACAUCGUCAAUGACCCGCAGAAGUGGAUUAGCCACGUAAUGCUAGUCACUAUCUCCCGUAUCGACCAAGCUGAGGAUCCUCGGCCAUGGACGCGGUAUCGGGUUAACUCCGCCGAGUGCGUGUUUAUUGGGGACCUUCCUCGCAGGAUGGGAAUGGGGCCUCCAGAGAUGCGCAGUGUGGUAGAGCAGAAGUGUACAAUGGACGAGCAGAACCUCAGGCAGGGCUUCAAGGGGACGAUAGCCGCGAUUUUAAACAUCACUUGCCCGGCUGUGGACCCGAUGAUUGAAUUGAAUAACGUGGUAUACACUGCCUAUGACUCUUCAGUCGCGAAGGGCUUGAAGAUUACGGACAACUGGGCUCAAGAUUUCAUAGACGCCGUUGAGAGAAUGUGUGAGAGAAGUCAGUAGAUUGAUGGUCGGUGACAUCGCGCACCUAUUAUACCCUAUAUUCCCAUCUCACUACAUUUUCAUUUGUAUACACUUUUAUCUUCCUGGAUCUAUUGUACACAUACUUGUACCUAAUCCUCGCUUGGGAUAAAGCAAUUGCCUUAUAUGGAUGCAUAUGUCCCAAUCCGCAGUUACUGGCAAUUCAAGCGUGGGCACAUCUUCACGAC